AUUUCAGGGCAGAGACGCAAUAUGGAGCCGUUUGGUUUAAAUGGAAAUGCCCCACCCAGAUAAGGAUCCUGUCGUGUUCUUAUUGCAUACGCAGUUAUGCAGAAGACAACAAUGCCUCCCUGUGGUAUAAACGGGAUGUACAGCCUUAAUAUACGGGAUUUACCGCGAUCUGGAAAUUAGUCUGCCUGGGCAGUGCGUUGUAGACAUGGCUCCCAAGCGCAGGCUGAUCACAGACACCUUUAAGGUGGUGAAGAGAGCUAAGAAAAAACAGAAGGAGGACAAGGAGCCUGCAGGACCAGAGAAAGAGCCCGAGCCCCAGCCCCGCCCCAUGACACAGCGCCAGAAGGACCUGCUGGAGCUGCAGCAGUUUGAUCUGGACUGGACCUACGGGCCCUGCAGCGGUAUCAGCCGGAUGCAGCGCUGGGAGAGGGCGGAGCUUCACGGGCUGAAGCCCCCACAGGCCAUCAGAGACCUGCUGCUGAGGAGUGGAGGGUAAACAGAAUUCACACACUGCUUGUGGCACGACUACCCGCUGUGAGGACACAGGGGGAAGAGGAGUGGAGCGCUGUGUGAGCGUUUCAGGAAUGUUGUCUGAGCGCUAUUAGAGUCUCACUGCAGCUUCAGGUCCGUGUCUGGGAGGGGCUCUGUGUCGCUGUGUGGCGGCCGUCUGUAACCUGCAACCUUUCACACUACAUUUUAAUAAAACGCUUUUUUACAGAAUAA